CUCAGUUUUCAUUGCGUUGCCUCUGCGUGAGGAUUGUUUUGCGUGCGAGCGCUCCGAAGCCGUUAGAUUUUUUGCUAGAGAACAGCAGCAAAAAGCCAAAAGCGAAAAGCGAAUAACGAAUCCCGAAUCCCGAAAACAAAAACAAAAAAACGAAGCAACAAACUGCAGCUAACAAUUACGCGAAUUGAAACAUACGUUGCUACGCAGUAUUGCAGUGUAUGAAUGUGUGUGUGCGAGUUAGUUAGUUGGUGUCUUGUGUGUGUGUGACUCUCUUUGUGUGCUUGUGUGUGUGUGCAUUAGUGUAUGCACAUAUUUGCAAUUUCCCGCAGCGAGUCGUGUGCAGAUUUUUGUUUUUGACAUUGCACCUGAGCGGGCAGAGCAGCAGCAACAACAACAGCAGCAGCAGCAGCAACAACAGCAGCUGAAUUAGGAAAAACAACGAACCGGCGAUCGACCUAACGGCACCUUUUUGCAUUUUGCUGCCAUCACUUAGCUGAGCGUGUGUAUGUGUGCGACGCUGUUGCUUCACAGCCCUGUCUGCAUGUGUGUGUGUGCAUGUGACUGCGUGUGUGUCUGCGUGUGUUUACUUGUGCAUGACGUGCAGUCACGUGUUCUAAGGUGAUUUUAACGAGUUCCGUGAUACGCGAAAUAAGAUAAGCAACAGCGAAUAAAAGUCACUAGCAACGACAAACGACGUAAAAGAUAUAUAUAAAUAAAAACAAAAAGUUCAAGAAGAAACCGAAAUAAUAAAGAGAAAAAGUUAAAAGUAAAACAACAAAAAAACAACAACUACAGUUACUCACUCCGCGACGCACGCACCCAUACAUGCUCUGUCUCGUUCUAACGCAGUUGAAUGCAAAUCAGCAACAAAUUGCACUAGAUUUGUUUACCUGAGCAAAGCGAAAUAUCCAAACAAAAUAAACUUCAAAUAUUCACGGAAAAUGGUGUAAAAAUAGUGUGUUAAAUAUAUUGAAGCAAAAGCUAAUGAAAAAAUAUUAUUUACACGCAACUAAAACAUAUUGCUAAUUGCAUUUAUUUGAACAUCGUAAAGACUUAAAAUCGAAAAAAUAUCAACAUGCGGUUUCUACACGUUUUUUACCAACUGGCUUUCCUGCUUGCAAUAUUAAUUGAACUAUCGAUUGCACUGCGGGAUGUGCGUGUGCGAGUGCCGCAUGCAGUGAGGCGUGGCGAGAAGGCGGUGCUGAAAUGCUUCUACGACAUCGAGGAUGACAGCCUGUACUCGGUCAAGUGGUAUAAGGGACGCAGAGAGUUCUACAGAUAUACGCCCAAAGAGACGCCACCGAUGAAGGUGUUUCAUUUUCCAGGUGUUAAAGUUCGGCGCACUUCGUCGAACGAAAGCCAAGUGGUGCUCGAUUCGGUAACAAUGUCCACAUCCGGUAAAUACAGUUGCGAAGUAUCUGCGGAUGCGCCCUCAUUUCAUACAUUAAUAGCGGCCGCCGAAUUGGAAGUUAUUGAGACGCCGCACAAUGCGCCAUUCAUAACCGGAAUCCGGCCCCGAUAUCGGGUCGGCGACAUAUUGCGUGGCAAUUGCACAUCGCGGCACUCCCGGCCGGCGGCCAAUCUCACAUGGACGGUGAAUAAUGAAGAGGUGAAUCCUUCGCACGUGCGACACCAUAAAAUACUGCGGGACACGCGCAACGAGAUGGAGACCUCCAUAGUGGGCAUACACUUCGUGGUGACGGAUCAGCACUUUGAAAAUGGCAAAUUGAAGCUGCGCUGCAGUGCCCAGCUGCAUGAUAUCUACUGGAAGACGACGGAGAAGACCAUAUUGGAGGCGGAUCCAUUUGGCAAAUAUGGUGGCAACGGUGCCAGCGGGAAUCGCGUGAGUGCCGAUGAGAUAUAUGACCAGUAUACGCUGCACGAGGACGAGCAGUUCCACAACAAGAAGAACAGCUACCUGACCCAGCUGCAGGACUUUCUCUUUCAUUUUGUACCCUCAGGCGAAGAAGAUGACGGAGCGGAUGGUUUAGAGGAUGGCGGCGCCGCCUGGCGAGGCGUCAGCUCCGCCUCCUCCAGCUCAACGUUGUCGCUGGCGCCGAGUGGCCUGGCUGCCACGCUGCUGGCGCUGCUCAGCUGGUCGCUGGCCAGGCAAUUAGUGUCGCAGCUGGCGCCGAUUACAAAGCACAGGCCGAUGCGGAUGCGGGCGUUGCAACAGGACCGACAGAGCCAGAGCAAAGGCCUGCGGGCGCAUUGCUGCACGGACAGCAGCAGCAACAGCAGCAGCAGCAGCAGCAGCAACAACAAAGGAUGCAGCAAAGAAUGCAGCAGAUGCAUCAGGCAAUUAACAUGAUUCAAUUGUCACGCAACUCUUGUGCCACACUUCAGGGAGGAACAGCGGAAGGAGACAAUGCAACAGCAGCAGCAGCAGCAGCGGCAGCAGGCAGCAAAGUAGGCUUCAGCCCUAGGCAACAGCAAGCAACUGCUAAAUGUAUCUAAAAUAUUUAAUCCUC